AUGAAAUCGACUAGUCAGAAUAGUCAAUUAAACGAAGUAUUGAAUAAUGUUUUGGGGUUAGAUGAGGAUGAUAGUUUGUUGUACCAAAAUGAUGAACAUCAUGAAGAUUCUGAUGAUGCAUACGAUGGGCCUGAAUCAUAUUUGCACAGUGAUGAUGAAGAUGCUAUUAGCAUGCUUUUUGAAGAAAUGAAUCAACCGGAGCAAGAGGAAUCAAUAAGUGUUAGUGACGGACAGGAAUAUGAAGCUGAAGAAGAAUGUGAUGAACAUAAAAAUACAACCAAUGAUGAUAAUUUAUCAGACCAACAAUAUAUAGUAGGCCCUGUUGUAGGUAUGGUCUUUUGUAGUGUUGAAUCUCUUUUUACAUUUUAUAAAGAACAUAGUCGUUUAAAUGGUUUUGGAGUUCUUAAAAAGACUUCAAAAAAGAGAGGUUGUGAAUACGCUAGGUAUAUCUCAUUUACUUGUGAUAAGAGUAAAAAACCAACUGCUAAGAAUUAUAGUAAAAUGGUUGAUUGCAAAUGUAGAGUUAAUUGUGUCAAGCACAACCAUGAUUUGCAACCAUCUUUGUCACAUUUUUUUGAUUGCCAUAGGAAAAUAAGUAACACAUUAAAACGAAACCUUGAAUCCCAUGACAUCGUAGAAAUUAGACCUGCCAAAAGCAUUAGACUUUUAGAAGUACAAGCAGGUGGUCCUGAUAGAAUAGGAUGCACCCCGAAAGAUUGUCGAAACUACAUUCUUCAACAACGCCGGAUGAGGACAUUGUCAUGCGAUGCUGCAACAAUACAGAAAUUCUUCACGUCAAUGCAAAUGAAGGACGAUGAAUUUUUUUAUGUAAUUCACACAGAGAAUGUUGGUAGACUUCGCAACGUAGUGUGGGUUCACACACAUUGUAAGUAUGCGUAUUGGGAGUUUAGUGAUGUUGUUUGUUUCGAUUCAACCUACUUGGUGAAUCAAUGGCGCAUGCCAUUUGCAUCUUUUGUUGGUGUGAAUCGACACAAACAGUUUAUUCUUUUGGGUUACGCUUUUCUCACAAGUAAGGAUAUUGAGACAUACAAAUUUGUUUACUCGACUUGGCUGACAACAAUGGGCAAUGCACCUCUAACAGCUAUCCUCACUGAUCAAUGUGAGAGUAUCAAGGCAGCAAUUGCAUAG